AUGGCCAGUGCCUAUGGUCAGUCAGCGCUCGCAAUCGCCCCAGCCGCAUCAUCCACCAAUGCCUCCGCCGCCAAUGCCAUUGCCACAGUUGCCGCAGCCGCUGGUACGCCGUCCGUUACGGAGAUGUCGGCGGCCGCGUCGGUUGAGAUGGAGAAUGGUUUGGCGGUGCCCCCAGCAGCCACGAGCACAUCACCCACCCCGCCGCCGCCGCCCACAACGCUGAUGCAUCACUCGCAUCAUUUAUCGCACAUGCAUACGCAACUACAGUUGGCGCAUCAACGCCACCAACAGCAACAGCAACAACAACAACACCAGCACAUGCAACAACAGCAAUUGGAACUGGAGCCGCCGCCGCUUUCAUCAGCAGUAAGCGCUUCAAGUUUGUCACUGGCGCACCAUCUGCACGCGCAGCAGCAAGCCGAAAAUGGCGGCGGCGGCGGCAAUUUGCACAACGGCAACGGCUCUCUGCAUGGGCAGUCGCUUGAUGGCAGCAACAGCAACGGCGGCGUCAGCAUGCUGCACAGCUAUGUGAAUGGGCUGAAUGGCGGCCGGCCAAGCCCCACGGCCUCAGGCUCCUCGGGUGGCAGCCGCAGCUCGGCGCACUCAAUGCCGCUGCCCUCGCACUCGCCAGCGCUGCAACAUCACACAAACGGCGGUUACCUGCAGGCGGCCAGCUGCGCCUCCGCACUAACAGCCACCGCAACGGCGGUAGUGUCGACCACCAUCAUGGGGCGGCUGGGCGGCGGCAGUCAGAAUGGUGGCCUGGCGGACGUAAACAACAGCAGCAAUGGCAGUGGCAGCGGCAGCGACGGUAUAGGCUUUGGCGGUCCAUUGGCGCUGCUGCACCACCAUCACCAGCAUCACCACCACUUGGCGCCUCAUCAUCACCACCACCACCACCACCACCCCCACUCCAUAACGCAACAGCAUAACCAUCCGCACGACGCAUCCGUUGGACUGUUGGAUAUAUCCACAUUGUAA